AUGCGUCUUCCCUGGAAAACACUGCUAUUCUGGGUUCUGCUGCUGAUUGUCCACCACAGGACUGCAGGGAGCGUCCUCUACAGGGCACAAGAGGAACAGCCACCUAAUACUCUUAUUGGCAGCCUAGCUGCUGACCAGGGCUUACCUGACUCUGGUCACUUAUACAAAUUAGAGGUGGGAAGCCCCUACUUACGGGUGGAUGGUAAGACAGGGGAUAUCUUCACUACAGAAGUCCCCAUCGAUAGGGAGAACAUAAAAGAUUGUCGAAAUCUGUACAGGGGAGAUCCCUGCUUCUUGGAGUUUGAGGUGUCUAUAACAGACUUAAACCAAAAUCUGAGCCCUCGUCUGAUUGAAGGGCGAAUUGAGGUCCAGGACAUUAAUGACAACACACCACAGUUUCCUUCGCCCAUUCUCACCCUUUCCAUUCCGGAGAACACCCACCAAGGAGCACUAUUUCCUAUCCCCCUAGCCAAUGACAGAGAUUCGGGGAGGAAUGGCGUGGUAGAUUAUGCCCUAACUGCAGGCCCGGAUGCAGCUGGGCUUUUUAGCUUGCAAGUAGCUGAAGAUCGAGGUGAGAAGCUUCCUCAGCUGAUUGUUUUGGGUAACUUAGACCGUGAACAGAGGGACUCGUAUGAUCUGAGCAUCAAAGUGGUGGACGGUGGGAACCCUCCACGUUACAGCAGUGCCUUAUUAAGGAUUGUUGUUCUGGAUGCCAAUGAUAAUGCACCCCGAUUUGAGAAGCCAAUGUACGAGGCUGAACUGUAUGAGAACAGCCCAGUGGGACACUCUGUGCUCCAGGUGAAAGCUGUUGACUCUGACAUUGGCCUGAAUGGGGAGAUUGAGUAUUCUUUGCAUCAAGUUACAGAUCCAGUGCAAAAGUUGCUGAGAAUUGACCACUCUACUGGCAUUAUCUUUGUCAAAGGGCUUGUUGACCGGGAGGAAAUUGGGGCUUUGAAGUUUUACGUGGUUGCACGGGACAAAGGUUCAACCCCUAAAAGUUCCAAGGUCUACUUAACCAUCAAUGUGAAAGACCAAAAUGACAAUGCCCCUGUUGUUGAGAUCCGAGGAAUUGGGUUGGUAACUCACCAGGAUGGAAUAGCAAACAUUUCAGAGGACAUGCCCAUUGGGACAGCAGUGGCACUAGUGCAGGUGUCAGACCAAGAUGAGGGAGAGAAUGCUGUGGUUACGUGUGUAGUGGCUGGAGAUGUUCCGUUCCAGCUUCGGCCAGCCAGUGAUUCCCCAACUGACAACAAAAGGAAGUACUUCCUGCAGACAACGACUCUUCUGGACUAUGAGCGAGUCAAGGACUAUCAAGUUGAAGUUGUGGCUGUUGAUUCUGGCAACCCAGCACUCUCCAGCACAAACUCUUUAAAAGUUCAAGUCCAAGAUGUCAACGACAACUCCCCUGUUUUCUCUCCUACAUUGCUGGAGGUGGAUUUUUGGGAAGAGAACCAGCUUGGAGACAAGGUUGUAGACGUGGUAGCCACAGAUGCUGACAGUGGCACAAACUCAGAGCUCACCUACAGCAUAAUUACAGACUCUUCUACAAAAGGUCUUUUCGAGAUCAACCCCAACACAGGGGAGGUGCGGGCACGGAGUCAGCUUGACCGAGAACACAGAGAUCGUUACGAAUUCCAUGUUGCUGCAUCUGAUAAGGGCAUUCCUAGCCACCGUGGAACAGCUGUGGUUGUUGUGAGGGUGUUGGACCGUAAUGACAAUGACCCUAAAUUCAUGUUGAAUGGUUAUAGCUUCUCAGUCUUGGAGAAUAUGCCUAAACUUAGUCCAGUUGGAAUGGUGACAGUGAUUGAUGCAGACAAAGGUCAGAAUGCACAAGUACAUCUGUCUGUGGAGCCAGACAAUGGCAAGUUUGUCAUCCAGAAUGGGACUGGUACUAUCCUUUCUAGUCAUUCUCUUGAUAGAGAGAAGGAGAACAGCUAUACCUUUCGUUUGAAAGCAGUUGAUGGUGGGGACCCACCAAGAUCAUCCUAUGUCGGUGUUACUAUCAACGUAUUGGAUGAAAAUGACAAUGCUCCCUAUGUCACUAAGCCUUCAAACUCCUCCUACAAAUGCCUUUCUUCUUUAACUAACCCCGAAAGCCGAGUGGUGAGAGUGGAGGCAGAGGACAUUGAUACUGGUCCCAAUGCAGAGCUACUUUUCAGUAUUUCCAGUGGCAACCCACACAACCUCUUCCGCAUUUCCCCAACCGAUGGGGAAAUCACUCUAGCCAAGGAAUUAGCUCCCAGGCACAAUGGGCUUCAUCGUCUGGUGGUCAAGGUCAGCGACAAAGGCAAACCACCAAGACAUACCACAGCUCUAAUACACAUUUAUGUGAAUGAGACAUUCAACAAUGUCACUCUGUUGGAGUCAUUGGUGGGGCACAGUCUCAAUACCCCACUGGACUUAGACAUUGCUGGAGAUCCUGAGUAUAAUAAUUCUGCCCAUCGCAGCAAUAUCAUGUAUGGAAGCCUUGCAGGAGUGACAGCUGUCUUGCUGGUCAUUGUGGUGGUGGUGGUCAUCCGACACCAGUGGCAAAAGGAAGCAAAGGGUGGCUACCAGGCAGGCAAGAAGGAGACCAAAGACCUGUAUACUCCUAAGCAGGGUCACAAGGGCAGCAAGGCUAAAAAGUGGAAGAAAGGCAAAGCUCCAAAACCAACUAAACCUUUAGAAGAGGAUGAAGAAGUUGAGGAGGCCAACCUUCAGAAAAGUUUAAAUUUCAACCAUGACAGACUCAAUGACAGCCCCAGAAUCCACCUGCCGCUGAACUAUCCCCCAGGAAGUCCUGACCUGGGUCGACACUACCGCUCCAACUCUCCCCUGCCCUCCAUUCAACUUCAGCCACAGUCUCCAUCAGCAUCCAGUAAACACCAGGUUGUGCAGGAUCUCCCUGUUGCUAACUCGUUUGUGGGAGCAGGUGAUGACAACUCAACUGGUUCUGACCAGUAUUCAGAUUACAGUUACAAAGCAAACCCAGCAAAGUACAGCCUGAAACAGCUUCCUCAUCGUAGAGUGACCUUCUCAACAACCAAUCAAACACAGGACCAACACGACUCCUCCCAGCACAGUUAUUAUGACAGUGGACUGGAAGAAUCAGAAACACCCAGCAGUAAGUCAUCAUCAGGACCACGUAUUGGACCCCUUGCCCUCCCUGAGGACCACUAUGAGAGGACCACCCCCGAUGGCAGCAUUGGCGAGUUAGAACACCCUGAAAAUGAUAUUCGGUCCCUGCCUGAUGUAGCCAUGACUGGUAACUGCACUCAGGAAUGCACCGAGUUCGGCCACUCAGACACCUGUUGGAUGCCAGGGCAGCCAUCUCCCGUUCGCAAGACAAGGAACACCCCCAAACUGUCCACCUUUUUGCCUUACCAGGAGAAGGGUAACGUGGACCGUCUCGGUCCAGGGGGCUCGAGGUUGCCAGAUGAGCGAUGUGCCAAGGUGGCCAGUGUGAGAUUGCUGCCUUCCCAUAGUGCUUACUCCUGCAGCAGCCAUGAGCCAGGCCAGGCCCCUGCCAUAGAGGAGACUUCCAAGAAAGAGAUCUACCUGUGAGAAGGCCUCUAAGAGAUCUACAUGUGAGAAAUGCCUCAGAGAGACCUGCCUGGGAGGAUCUAACAAUCAUAAUGCUUCUGAAAGAGAUCUACCUGUGACGGUCCUUUUUAGAGAGAUGACCUUUUGAGAAGUUCUCUGCAAGAGAUCUACCUCAGAGAAGGUGUCUAAA